UUGAGACGAUUUUGGGAAUCAAUGGCUUUUAUAGUAGCUUCAGACAUUUUAAUCGAAAUUUUCCAAAAUUCAUUCCUUCCUCCAUCCAAUCCUUUCUAAAUUCUUUAACUAUAUCAACCACGAAACAAAAACAUUGGCCUCCGAAUUAUACAAGAACAAAUCCGUUUUAAGCCAAAUUUACUUUACUUUUACCUCACAGAUUUAAUUAUUCUCUCAAAAUUAACUAAAUGGAAAAUGAAGAGAAUGAAGAGAAUGAAAACAAUAAAAAGGAGGAAGAAGACCUUGAAAAAACAAUAAAACAACAAGAUAUAAAUCAGCACAAACAAUUAUUUAUUACUUGCGAGGAUGAAAUAAAAAAAUUUGGAGAAGAAUCAAAAUUUGUAAAUGAAUCUGUAGAAGAACAGGGAACAAAUAAUGUAAGCGAUAUUUUUAUGUUAGACUUUUAA